ACUUUUAAAUGGCCGUAAACACGUGUGUGUGAACUUUGAAGGCAAGAGAGGAACUUUCUGAUAAGUGUCUAAAGAAGGAGAUGCCAAGAUGCCCAAAGGACCUGGACGGAUCAAGAACAAGGGUGCGAAGGGGAAGAAAUGGAGGAAGGGGCAGAGCUGUGUGACCAACCCACAGAAGAAGGGACACAGACAGGCAGCAAAACAGAACAGAUUCCUACCGUCUAACUUCAGGAAAGCUCCAGGCCAGUCAGAAAGUGGACUGACACAGAAGGCCCUCAAUGAGCACAAUGUGGUACAAGGAGACAAGGACAGUGAUGUCAUGAUGGGGGGCGUGGCCUCAGAUGAUGUCUCCGUGGGUGGGGAGACGUAUGGCACGUUCCUGAGUGGGGUCACUGACUGUUCCCAACCCGCUUUCGACCGGGUGAAGAGGUAUUGGGAGUCCAACUCAGCUAGUCAUAAAGAGAUUUGUGCUGUAUUAGCUGCUGUGACUGAAGUGAUAAGAGAGAAAGGCGGAAAGGAGACAGAGACUGAAUAUUUUGCAGCAUUGAUGACCACAUUAGACACAGUAGAUGAUGAAGAAGCUAUAUCAGCUGUACUUUUUCUGCUAUCACUCAUCAUCAAAAGGGUGCCAGCAUCCAUCUUAAAAGUGAAGUUCUCGGUAUGCUGCCAGACCCUUCUAAAGAUCCUAGCUGUGCAAUCGUCAUCUCCGACCGCUGCCACGGCGGUGGUGCGUUCGGCUCUCUCCUGUCUGAGUACCAUCCUGCGGGUCCAGGACCUGAUCGUGUGGUCCGACUCCUCCACGCUUCAGAUCUAUCAUGGCAUUCUCAAUUAUACUGUCCAUUCAAAACCAAAAGUACGCAAAGCUGCCCACCAUGCUGUGUGCUCCAUCUUGAAAGGAAGUAAAUUCAUGACCUUGCCUGACCCGCCUUCCCAUCACCCAGCAGCUGGGACGACUUCAAAAUUCUGUGUGCAGCAGAUAGAGCAACAUGGAGGUACUGGAGAGGCAGGAACAACAUGUCAUGUUCUGAGCCUUCUCAAAGACAAUCUUGUGACCUUUCCCAAGAACCACCUCAAAACGACAUGUGAGACCAUACUAAAGGUCAUGACCCUCAGCAACGUGCUUGUGACAUCAGUGUCAAUGAAAGCACUCCACGGCAUGUUCACCAUGCAGCCAAGCCCUGCUAGUCUCCCAUCAGACCUCAAUGCUCAACUCAUCAAUGCCCUCUAUGACUAUCAACCUGGAGAGAGUGAUUCACAAGCUAUGCAGGCAUGGCUGGCUGUCAUGCAAGAAGCUCAUCUCAAUCUCUUCAGACUUGAUCAGAAGAUGUGUGUUGGUCAUCUACCUCGUCUCUUUACAUCAGCCAUGACAUGUUUCCUGUCCGACAGGGCUGAAGUAGCAGUGUCUGCUACAGGGGUACUCAAGACACUGCUCUUAGAAUGUGUGAAACCAGCCAAGGAAAACAUCGCCAAGCAGAUGGGCGCCAACGCUCCUAUCAGGAAGAUGUUCCAGUCCGUACAGGGCGGGCUCUCCUACAAGUUCCACUCAUCAUGGGGUCUUGUCAUGAAAGUCUUGGCAGCCUUUUUUGAGGCGUUCGGUGGCGAGGGUCACGGCUUCAUGUCCAAGUGUCUUCAGACCAUGUGUGACCUUCGGGGGUCACAGCACUUUGCUUACACGCAGGAGCUGGACAAGGCCAUUGGGGCAGCCAUCUUGGCUAUGGGGCCUAGACUUGUGCUCCAGGCUGUUCCACUGCACAUCACAGGAGAUGAAGAUAACUAUGAUUUCCCCCGGAGCUGGUUGAUUCCUGUGAUACGAGACAACGUAGCAAACACACAGCUCUCUUUCUUUACCAAGUAUUUCCUACCACUAGCAGCGAAACUCAGAACAAGAUCACUGGAAUUGACUGAGCAGGGGAAGAAGGUGGAAGGCAAGACAUACGAUGUGCUCCAGUCACAGAUCUGGUCCCUGCUCCCUGGAUUCUGCAAAAACCCAACAGACCUAGGUGCAGGAGCCUUCAAAGGCACCGCCAAGAUCUUGGGAACAGCACUCAACGAGAGACCGGACUUACGACUGGACGUGUGUGCUGCCAUCAGGAACCUCAUCACAAAGAACUUGGAGCAUGAGGUGAACCGAGCAGAGUUAGCCCGGUUUGAUAAGAACUACCUGCCCAUCAUGUUCAACCUGUACACCAGUGGAAACGCAAGACAAGAUCCAUCUCUCUUCUCAGUCCUCGAGACCAUCAAGGUCUAUCUUCAGAUUGCAGACCCUAAGCUGAUUGCUGCUAUGUUGGACAAGGCCUGUCUGAAGCUGGACCAAGAAACAGCUGAACGUCAGCAUGCUGUCAUGGACCUCGUCAUUGCCAUGGCAACACAUCUUGAUGCUGAUCACAUGACCAAGCUCUAUAAGAUGAUCACUCCUAUGUUAGAGAGCACAGACCGUACCAUGCAGAAGAAAGCAUAUCGAGUACUGGAGGAGCUAUGUGAAGGAGAAUCUACAGCUUCACAGGGUUUCCUUCAAGCUAACUUAGAUGAUCUUCAAGCUGUUCUCCUCAAGUCCCUCUCAAGCUCAUCACCAUCAUCCAAAGCACCUAGACUUAGGUGCUUGCAUCACAUUGUAAAGAGUCUACCAGGAGAGAAUGAAGCUUUUAUCGUCGCCAUACUACCAGAGAUCAUCUUGUGUAUCAAGGAGAUUAACCAGAAAGCCAGAGCGUCGGCCUUUGGUCUCCUGGUAGAGAUUGGAAACACUAUGCUCAAGCACUCCGAUCAACCCAGAGAAUUGUGUGUAAGCAAGUACUUGGAGAUGUUAGCGGCUGGUUUAGCAGGGUCACCCCACAUGGUCAGCGCUACCGUCCUAGCUCUUACAAGGAUUCUCUUUGAGUUCAAAGACAUCAUGCGAGGCCCUCUAUUGGAGCAGUUGGUAGAUGCCGUGGAUACGCUGAUGCAGGCUAAGGGUAGGGAGGUGCUCAAAUCAGCCUUGGGACUCAUCAAGGUUCUAUGUACCGUCAUCCCGGAUGCUGUCCUAGCCCCACAUGUAGAAAAACUGAUUCACUGUAUAGCUUGUUUGAAGGAGGCUAAUAGGAGGAACCUGAGAGUCCCUGUCAAAGGAAUCUAUUCUCGUCUCGUCCGCAAGUUUGGGUACGAGAUGAUUCGCAAGAUGAUCCCUGAAAGCCAACAGAAGAUGGUGCACAACAUCAAGAAGACCCAGGAGAGAACAAAGAGACACAAGGCUCUCAAUGCCGCAUCCAGGCAGGGAGAUCAGGAAGGGGACGAGGACGAGGACGAAGAUGGGUUCGAUGCCCUGGUACCACAGAAACCCAAACCAGAAAGCAUCGAGGAGAUUCUCCAAGAAACAGACUCAGAGAACGAGGUGGACGAUGAGGACGCCAAGGAUACCAAGUCAAAGGUCAAAGGUCGCAAGGCCAAGAAGCUUGCAGGUCAGCGAGGCAAGGCAUGGUUGAAGGAAGGGGAGAAGGAAGAUACUCCGUUGGACUUCUUGGACCCCAGUGUAUCAAGAAGAGUGCUUGCCACCAAGCCUGAAUCAGAGGAAGCCCAGGCCAUAGGUCACAUCAAGCAUAACUUCAAGACCCUCCCCGACGGUAGGCUUCUUAUCGCUGAGAUGGAAGAAGAGGAAGAGAAGGCGAAGGGGAAGAAGAAUCAAGGAGGGAAGGCUAGAGGAGGAGGAGGAGGAGGAGGAGAUGAUGAUCUGAAAGACAUGAUGGAUGAUGAGUUAGCCAAGUUUCACAAGACAACAAAGAGGAAGCUGGAAGACCUCAGUAUAUCAGACGAUGAAGAUGAGAUGGCUAACAAGUAUAAGGCUGGAGGCAGUGGUAUCCAUCGACCUCUUGGGGUUCCCAAGAAGCAGAAGCCAGCAAUGAAACCCGGUCAGGAAUUCGCAGCUAAGAAAGCUGGUGGUGACAUGAAGAAGAAGGGAGGGCAGGAUCCAUAUGCUUAUCUUCCACUCAACAGACAGCAGUUAAACAGAAGGAUGAAGAAAAAGACAGCUGGUCAGUGGAGCUCACUGGGUAAAGGAGGGAGCAAGGUGGCUAUGAAGAAACUCAAAGCAAAGAAGAAACGAUGAUGACCUUCCGAGGACCAUCUCUAGGAGACAACUGAAAUCCAAAGAAAAAACAUUGUAUCUGUUUGCCUCAAGUCUUCAUCUUUGCUUGAGCUUCCAUCUUCUGCACACUAGUGUCAUUGUGCGAUCACAAUCAUAUUGAGCUAGAAAUAAAUCACAGUCAUCAAAUGUGAUAUGGAUUUCCAUAGUUCUUUCUGAAGGACUCAAAACCUUGUGCAUCCUUCGGUCAGGAUUGCAAGCCCAACCCAACAUUUUUCGACUAUUUUAGAAUUUGUGCAUGAAUAUAAUCAUGAAUAUUCUUCUCCAGAUCUGUCAUUUUUGCACAUACAGGUACUUCUUUACAUUAAUGCACCUGUUAACAACAAGACAAGACCAUUAACAAAAUUUUGUUUGCCAUACUAAAUUUGAAUGUCCCCUCUUUCUCUUGAUAUGUUUAAUAAUUGACUAUUUUUUUAUUGUCAAUGUAAAUCAGGUCCGAAAGAAUUUCUCUGUCAUGUUGACAUUAGUAGAUAUAGUCCUCCUAUUAAUUUGAAUUAAAUCAUGGAAUACUACUGUUAGAGAUGAAUUGCCUUGUUUCAGUGUAUCUUCGCUUAGAAUUAGUGAAACUUCUGAUAUUGUAACUUUUUAAAAUGUAUUUUGUAUAAUAAUUAUGUUUUAUCUUAUUACAUGCACUGGAGCAUGUAAUUCUUUCUUUUGCUCUGUAACAUUAUUUUAGCAUGAAAUAGAAUUUUGCAUAAACAUACAUUUUCUUUUCUUGUGUAUGCCCUAAAGAACAUGCAUAGUAUUAUAUAAAUAUACGAUUAUGAUUGAAUGAGUAAAA